AUGCGAGACCCCGCCGCGCCUGCUCAACAGGCACCUCAUCCUCCCCGACGCACUUCGCGUCUGUUUACGUUGGCGCUGAACCAAGCCCUCAUCCGGCGGCUGGCGUCGCCGCCAUCCAAUUCGAAUUACUUCUCGGCACGAUUCUCCUCCUCAAUCGCGAGGGCGUCCGUCAUGCUCUAUUACGCACCCCCCAAGAGCGCAGAGAACACGGGCACAACACCACCUUCUCUAGGUGUCGCGUCGGCGAACCUCGCGUUGGUUCCACUGUUACUCAGCCUGCCAUUGACGGUCAUAGCUGCAGUCGGAUACACAGCUUGCGCACCUACGGAUAUCAAGUUCAGCCUGGAUUCCGGGGACGGUUACGAUGUACGCGUUGGCUGUGUUGUUGGAGCUGGCUUCUCCGUCAUCGAGCUGAAAACUGCCGUGCGUGUCCGCGCCAAAGGCCUUGGAGUUGGCGCCAAGUCGCUCAUGACCUUUCUCAUCCUCUUUUAUGACUCCAGACUGUCCACCAAACCGCCUGGUUACUUCGCCCUCUUUGCCUUCGCUGGCGGCCAGAUGGCAUAUAGUAUCGUGCUCUUUGUGACGGACGCGUACUCGUACCCAGACACCUUAUCCCGAUUUCGCUUGAUGAAGUUAUGGUGCGCUCUUUGUCGAAACUCUGUGGGAGCCUACUUCGAUCUUCCUCUCCUCAAGCUUUCGAUGAUUCUCAACGAGCAAUUUGUUCUCAAGCACAUUCUCACCGAAGGAGACAAAGUCGUCCUUUCGUGCUAUAGCCCCAUGGCUGAGCAGGGAGGGUAUGCUCUCGCUGCAAAUUACGGCUCUUUAAUCGCCCGACUAGUUUUUCAACCUAUCGAAGAAACUUCGCGCGUCUUCUUCGCAAAGACGCUCUCCGCGACCCCGGGCCAAUCUGCGCCGAAGACCAUCAAAGAUGAAUCGGCAUCAGAUGAGCAGCAAAACUCGAUCUCUCUCCCUGCUCUCAAGCAAGCGGCGGCAUUCCUGUCGAGCAUCCUCCAAACGCAACUAUUUCUUGCCAUGCCGAUCAUCGCUUUUGGGCACGUGUACCUUCCGAUCGUACUCUCCUUCCUCCUUCCUGCACGCUUCCUCGCAACGAGCGCCCCGCAACGCCUUUAUGCCUGGGUAUACUACCUUCCCGUCUUCGCCGUCAACGGGGUUCUGGAAGCCUUCGUGGCAGGGACAGCCACAGCCAGGGAUGUCAUGAUGUUGUUCUCCGUGAUCUACAUAUCCGCGGCCAUCGCGCUCUAUCAAAUUGGCUACGGCGACGUAUCCCUCGUGUACGCCAAAAUCGUCGGACUCUCCAUGCGGAUCCUAUAUGUGGCGCUCUUCGCGUCCAACUACUUCCAUCGUACUCUCACCUCCACCAGCUCGACUCGGCCACGCCUGCUCACCAGGCACAACAUCCUCCCCGACGCCAGACUCCUGUUGACAUGCGCCACCGCGCAAGGCAUCGUCACGUACGGCCCGCGGCGGAGACAAAUCGCCCAACGCGUCGCGGCUGUGAUGCUCGGGCAGCAAAGCAAAAUGUACUUGCUUUCUCAGCCUGUUGUGGUGCAUGUCGGGUUGGGAGGGGUCCUGGCGUUGGCGUGUUUGGCGACGUGUAGGUGUGCUCAGGGAGGCAUAUGGAGAUUUUGCGGAUGCGGAGGGAGGAGAGGGAGGGGAACGAGAAAGCGCAAUGAUAUUUAUGGACUACGUUUCGGGAUCGGAUCCUGCUUUGUACGUCCGUGCUCGCUGUUCCCGGUUGAUGCCAUCUCUGAGGCCCUUUUUGACGGAACUUAG